AUGAAUGACAUAAGAGAAUUUCUUGAUCAGUCUGAAAUCAUGAAAAGAGUGCGUAGGAUAUCAGAUGACACCUCCAACGACAAUGGCAAGGAUCGUAUUAGUGCAUUGCCCAAUGAUGUUCUUUGUUCAAUUGUUGACCUGCUAAGUAUAAGGGAUGCCAUACACACUAGCACAUUAUCACGCAGGUGGAAGAACAUUUAUGCACACAAGUCAACAUUGGAAUUUGAUUGGCGAGACAUCAUUUCGAAUGAUGCGAACACAUAUACUCGUGGAAACGUUGCCAUUAGGAAUGUAAGAAAUUUCCAAAGAAGCAUUGAAGCAAUCUUAGCUUCAUACUUGGGCACCAAGCUUGAAUCUUUCAAGGUUCAAUGUUGCUUUGGAAACGAGCAUCCUCGUUACUUCAAAGGCUGGAUCAAUUUUGCUAUAGCAAAAGGGGUUAGAAACCUUGAGCUUGCCUUCAGUUGUGACGAAUUAUCUGAGCGCACGGAUUGGAUAGCCAUUGACUACUAUAACUUUCCUACUCAUCUGCUUCCGAGUGGUGAAGGAUCAAAUCUGAGGCAUGUCUCCCUACGUACAUGCAAGCUGAGGCUAGAUAAUAUAUUCACUGAUCGAUUUAGCACACUCACGAGUCUAGUUUUGUGUGAUGCCAAGUUUGUUGGAAGAGUAGAGCCUAGCAUGUUUUCUUCUUGUUCGAAGCUUGAGUCUUUGACAUUGGAACGGUGCUAUGGUUUCGAAAGCUUGCACUUUGACAACCUUGAUUGUUUGAAAAUGUUGGUGGUGAAGAGAUGCGAAGGGUUGAGAUUGAUUCGCCUAAUUAGUGUCAUCAAUCUUACCACUUUUCAUUGUAUUGGAGACCACGCAGAACUACAAUUAAGAUUGGGAAGGGUUCCCAAUCUGAAGGAUGUCCAUUUAAUGCUGAAGCGGAUUAAUGUGCGUAGUUUUUAUGCCUGGUUGGAGAAACUUAUUAAUCCUCAUUACCACACUCUGAUUGUGGCCAAAUGUGGGUGA